GAACGAUGAAGGUCUGAUUUUACACGGUUUAUUGUUGUAGCCUUUCUCCCUAUUUCAAAAACGUAAAACCAAUGUUGUCAUCGAACAUGGUAUACUGCAUCGUACAGGAUCAAAACUCUUCUCCACAGCAUAUGAAUUUUGUCUCCUCCCAAGCUUCACCUCCGAUCGAAACCCCGAGGCUCUGUAGCCCUUCCGUGGCGUCUCUCUCUCUUGAGACAAGACAAUCAAUCGAUGGGAGGUAACAAGAAAAGGUUCAACAAAGCAAAGAGCCGUAGAACACUGCCAAACUCUUCCUUUGUCGAUGGUGGCCUUUUAUCCGAUUGGUCUGUCGUCAAUUCACCUCCUUCCAGAGGAAGGAACUCAAGUAACGGAAAUGGAAAUUCUGGGUCUGCGCCCAAGUCUGGGAAUUUGAGAGGAUCUGGGUCCAAAAGCGAGGCUAAGAAAACUGGUGGAAAUGCUUUUGGUUACGUGUACUCACACCAGGGAGAUUCACUUCCAGAUUGCGGUAACAAGGGAGACAACAAUUUGGAUGAGUCACAUCCAAUUGUUUUGGUGGAUUCCAAGGAGACCCAAAUUGUCGCAUAUGUAGACCAAACACCAUCUAUGGAACAGCAAAAUGUCGAAUACACUUACAAUUACAGCGCGAGUUUUGCAUUGGAUGAUAUCUCCCGUGGUGGAUUGGGGUUCUCUGAAGAAGCAGAAAGAACCCAAUGUGGUAUUGGUUCAUCAUCUAAAAUGGAAGAGAAAGAAGGUUCUUUUUCUUCAUCGUCCCCUGAGGAGGAUAUGGAUGCUGAUGUAGAUAUUGAUUAUUUCCACAAGGUAAGUUCUAAAAUGGGUGAUGGCUUACUGGCCAAGUCAUCAUCGCCAGCACAAAAUUCUGGAUUUUUGUCCAUUGGAGGCAUGAAAUUAUAUACCCAGGAUAUGUCAUAUGAGGAAAGUGAUGAGGAUGACGCAGAAGAUUUGCCAGACGAGGAAAACUCCCAGUCUUCUGUGACAGGAGAUUCCACUGGAUCAUCUGAUAGCGACUGCUCAUCUGAUAGUAUUUCUGAUAUUGAUGAAGAGGUUGCAAUGGAUUACUUUGAAGGAAUUGGUGAGAGUGGUAAUGUUGUGAAUAUUAAUCAGUUGGUUGGACAAAUUCUUGAUGGCUCAGAUGAUGAUAGUACUUCUGAGGGUAGCUUUACUGAGACUGUAGAAAGGUUGGGUGCAAUUGCUCUUCAGGAAGCGUCAAGGGAAUAUGGCAUGAAGAAACCUCAAUCAAGGGAAAAUGGCAUGAAGAAGCCUCAAUCAGGAAGGAACUAUUCAGCUAAGGAGUACAAAUCUAGAGUCACUAAAUUUGCUGGAUCUUCUGUUUUGGAUGAUCUAAUGCUUGUAAAGGAUCCCAGAACCAUUUCUGGAAGAAAGAAGCAUGUAGCCAGAUUUCCUCAGUCUUGGCCUUCUGAGGCUCAAAAGAGUAAAAAUUUCAGGGAGUUUCCAGGUGCCAAAAAGAAACAUCGUAAAGAAAUGAUUGCUUUAAAGCGUCGGGAGAGAAUGAUUAGCCGUGGUGUUGAUCUUCAGCAAAUAGAUUUGAAAUUGCAGCAGAUGGUUUUGGAUGGGGUGGAUAUUUUGUCAUUCCAACCUAUGCACUCCCGGGAUUGUUCCCAGGUGCAAAGAUUAGCAGCGAUUUAUCGCUUGAGGAGUGGCUGUCAAGGUUCUGGCAAGAAAAGAUUUGUGACUGUCCGACGAACACCACACACUUGUAUGCCAUCUUCCAGUGAUAAAGUUCGCCUUGAGAAGCUUAUAGGAGCUGCUGAUAAGGAUGCUGAUUUCACUGUCAACGAUAUAAAAUCAGUUAAGAAGGCUUCAAAAGGUAGUGGUUUGAGCCCUUUAAACUCACAAUGGCCCCUGGGCAAGCCUGUAAAGAGCUCAGCCAAUUCCGUUGGCCGUAAAGAAGCAAGCAAGAAGACAAAAGUUGGGAAAGCAUCUUAUGCUGCUCAGCCCGUGUCCUUUGUUUCAAGUGGUGUUAUGCAAUCUGACACGGCUGAGCUCAGAACCUUUGAAUCAAACGACAUGAUGAACAACACUAGCCAGGAAAACAAAGGGGAACCCAGCACAUCAAAAUAUGGUGCAUUCGAGAUGCACACUACGGGCUUUGGUUCAAAAAUGAUGGCUAAAAUGGGAUUCAUAGAAGGUGGAGGAUUGGGAAAGGAUGGUCAAGGUAUCUCAGAGCCUAUACAAGUGAUCCAACGACCAAAAUCACUUGGAUUGGGUGCAAAAUCUCCUGAAACAAGCAAUGCAAAAGCGCCUGAAAUGAGCGGUAAUUCGGCAAAGAAGGGAACUCAACAAUUUGCAGCUUUUGAGAAGCAUACCAAGGGGUUUGGAUCGAAGAUGAUGGCGAAGAUGGGUUUUGUUGAAGGCAUGGGCCUAGGCAAAGAUGCACAAGGCAUUGUCAACCCUUUAGCUGCGGUAAGGCUUCCAAAAUCCCGAGGAUUGGGUGCAUAAGGGUAGAUAUUAUGUCGCCAGUAAUUUAUUUAGGGAGGAAAAAUCCUCUUUUCCUCACUUUCCUGUAAUUCUUAGUUUCCUCAAUUAAGCUGAUUAUAUAACAUCUGUACAAAUUGUUGACCAUGUUAGUGUUACCAUUAUCAUUUAGUGUUUCGCUGUUUGAUUUUUUUCCCCUUACUCUUCGAUCUAUUCAAGGGUUUAUGUCACGGAAGUAGUCUCUUCGUAGGUUUGGACAAGGUUGUUUACAUCUAACGCUCUCCAAAUCCAUUUGUGGGAGCCUUUAAGUAUUGGGC